AUGGCUGCUGAGCUUGACCUUCUCUCAUCGACCCAACUUCAAAAGUUAGCCCAAUCUCAACAAAACCACAACCAUCAUCAGCCCGAUACUAACUUAGCCACCGUUGGUUCCUUGAUGUGGUACCCAAAGGGGCAUUCUCAUGAAGUAGACGAUGAUUCAUGGGAGGUUAGGGCCUUUGCCGAGGACACAGGUAAUGUAAUGGGCACAACUUGGCCACCGAGGUCUUAUUCUUGCAGCUUUUGUAGAAGGGAAUUCCGUUCAGCUCAAGCCCUCGGGGGUCAUAUGAAUGUGCACCGCCGUGACAGGGCUCGGCUUCACCAAGCACACCCUGCUGGUGGUGGUGGUGGUGGUGGUAAUGGUGCAUUAAACAACCCAACCUCACCAUCUUCUCCAUCCACAACUUCCUCAUCCACUCUCUUAAUACCCACACAAGAAUUCGUCACAAAUGGUGGUUUGUGCCUUCUCUACCAAUUACACAACCCUAGUGAUGGUGUUCUCACUUCUUCUCCACCCAUGGAUGCAUGGCCCAUCGAUUCAUCUUCUACCCUUCUCUCCGUUUCACCAUAUCCCUCUUACAACUUCAUGGCGGUGACGGCAGCAACACAGUCACCCAUAAAUUUUCCGGUAACUCCUCCGGUGUUAAAUAGUUCUCCUUCUUCUUCUUUUUGUUACUCAACCAAAGCAGUACAUUCAAGGACGCGGGGUGAUAAUAAUAAUCUCAACCAGGGAUUGAAUAUCAGCAACAAGGAAAUACCCAUUGAAGAGCUUGAUCUUGAGCUUCGACUAGGGCAUAAACGUCCAACAACAUCUUGA